AGUUAAUAUGCAGGAGAUUUAAUAAAAGAGAGAUGUGUAUAAUGAGGGAUGGUCUGAUAGAGAAUUAGAAGAUAAACUAAGUACUCUUUUUUUGUAUUUAUAGAAUUUUCGACAAAGAUUACAUUGUUAGCAUUAAUUUUAGCUAUAAUCUUGAUAAUAGUGGCAUUUACCUUUUUCAAUAAAUAUUCGCUGACGAUAAUGAUGUUACUCUUGCUUUCAGGAAUUGCUACGGUUGUUUUAAGUGUAAUUCCACAUAUUAAAUUUGAAUUUAGGGGGUGAUUAUGUACUGGUUCAGCACGAGUAAAACCAUAGAGGAAUCAGAGAGUUAGUUGCAAUAAAGAAAAUUUUAUAUAGAUACAAGAAUUUCAGCAGUCGUAUUUUUGGGUUCAUUCAUCAAUAUUUUAUAUAAUAUUAUUUUGCUAGUGUUCAUAGUAUUUUGGUACAGGAUAGGACAGGACUAUNAAAGAGGAAUCAGAUACGGUUUCUAAACAAUUUCAUCUAUAAGGAAGUCAAAGAUGCAUGUGUAACAAGAGCACUAUUUGUUGAGUUGGGGAUGA